AGACUAUAAAGCCCCCUGAGCGGCAGGGAAAAUGCUCACUCUCCUCAGCGCUGGAGGCUGGAGGUGGGCGGACAGGUAGAGAAGGGAAGGGAAGGACUAGGGAAAGGAAGGAAGGAAGGAGGCUCAGGAGGGACCCCUUCUCUCUCUCUCUCUCUCUGAACUUGGCUCAACUCAGGGGGGCUCUCUCAGAGUUGCCCUCCUUCCUUCUUUCCCUCCCUCCCGUCUUUCCUUCUCUCCUUUCCCGAGAGAGAGCCCCAGAGGCCACCUUCCCAAGUCCCAGCCCAGUGGAGGGGCUCCAAGGGUGGGCAGCCCAGGAGGCACCGAGGCAAGGUUAGCGGCCCCAGGCGGCAGUCGCCCCGGGAGAGCCAAGGGAGGGGGGCAGGCAGGUGGCAGAGAGGGGGCUGUGAGGCGUUGGGAGAGGGCUCUCUGGGUGGGCAGCAAGGAAGGGAAAGUAUCUAGGGGCGUGUUUAGGUGGCUGAGUGAGGAAGGCAAGAGUAUCUAGCUGGGCAGCGAAGAGGGUAGUAAGGAAGGUAAGGUACUUAGGUGGGCACCUAGUAUCUAGGUGGGUAAGUAAGGAAGGUCGAGUAUUUAGGUGGGGAGUGAGGAGGAUAAGGAACCUAGGUGAGCAUAUACUUGGGUAUCUAUUUAGGCAUCUAGGGGGGUAGUGAGGCAGAUCGGGUAUCUUCUGGGGUAUCCACUUGAGUAUCUAGGCGGGCCUCCAGGUGGGCAGUGAGGAAGGUAAGGUGUUUAGGUGGGCCUCCAGGUGGGCCCUUGGGUAGCUAUCUCCCUCGCUCCCUGGGUGGGACUAUGCCCCUGCGUCCCCUGCGCUGAGUCCGAGAGAGAGGAGGAGGAGGAGGAGGAGGAGGAGGAGUGCUCCUAGUAGUAGUAGUAGUAGUAGUGCUGGUGGGAGUCUGUCCCGGGGCGCCAUGAACAUCGUGCUGGAGCUCUUCGUGGUGGCGCUGCGGGUGCUCUGGGCGUUCGUGGCGGCGGCGGCCAAGUGGCUGCUGCGGCCGAAGGAGAAGAGCGUGGCGGGGCAGCUGUGCCUGAUCACCGGCGCCGGGAGUGGCCUGGGCCGCCUCUUCGCCCUGGAGUUCGCCCGCCGCCGCGCCCGCCUGGUGCUCUGGGACAUCAACGCCGCCGGCAACGAGGAGACCGCCGCUAUGGUCCGCAGCAUCUACCAGGAGGCCGCCCAGCAGGACCGGCAGCAGGCCGCCCUCCAGGCCCAGCAGGCAGCUGGCCACAGUGAAGAGGAAGUGCUACCUCAUUGCAACUUGCAAGUUCACACCUAUACUUGCGAUGUAAGCAAAAGAGAGAAUGUAUACACAACUGCUGAAAAAGUUUGCAAGGAAGUUGGCGAAGUCUCCGUCCUGGUCAACAACGCAGGAGUAGUUUCUGGCCACCAUCUUCUUGAAUGUCCUGAUGAGCUGAUUGAGAGGACCAUGAUGGUUAACUGCCAUGCACACUUCUGGACCACUAAAGCAUUCCUUCCCAAAAUGCUGGAAUUGAAUCAUGGGCACAUUGUUACUGUUGCAAGUUCCCUUGGCCUCUUCAGUACUGCUGGAGUGGAGGAUUAUUGUGCCAGUAAAUUUGGAGCUGUGGGCUUUCAUGAAUCUCUGAGCCAUGAACUGAAAGCAGCUGAAAAAGAUGGUAUUAAAACAACGUUGGUAUGUCCUUACCUUGUAGACACAGGAAUGUUUAGAGGCUGCAGAAUUCGAAAAGAAAUCGAGCCAUUCCUUCCACCUCUGAAACCAGAUUAUUGUGUAAAGCAAGCUAUGAGAGCUAUACUGACAGAUCAGCCUAUGAUUUGCACACCUCGCCUGAUGUAUAUGGUUACUUUCAUGAAAAGCAUCCUUCCUUUUGAAGCAGUUGUAUGCAUGUACCGGUUUUUGGGAGCAGACAAGUGUAUGUACCCUUUCAUUGCUCAACGAAAGCAAGCCACAAAUAACAAUGAAGCAAAAAAUGGAAUGUAAUGUUUUACAAAGGACUGUUUGUAGCAUAGGUAUGAUAAAAACUUAAGACAAUUGUGAAAUGCACUUGCAUUUAGCAGAUGCAAUUGUUAACAUUUUACUGUGGCAUUCUCUUUUGAUCCUAUACCUGUAUAGUAAACAGAAAAUCACUGUUUUUACAUACUGUAUAUAAAGUAACUAGAAUUCUUGGAAACCAUAAAAGGAAAAGGAAAUUUAUAAAAUGUAAUGGUCACCCUUCUUCUUUUGGAACUUUGCUCAAUGUAAAGUGACAUGCUACUUUUUGUGUGUGUGUGGUAGAGAGGAACUAUGUGAGACUUAACUCUUGGGAUGGUCAUUCAAGUAGAUGAUGGCAACUGUGUCGGCAACUGUUAAUUUUCUUGUGGUAUUUUUGUGGGGUAAACAUUUAAACAAAUGUGAUGUAACAGGACUGUGUUUUGGGGUUUGCUCAGUUUAUGAGGAACAGGUGGAUUUUAAUGAAAUUCUCCUUUGUAACAACUGCAUAUAUUGAAUGAUAAUUGUGUCAUAAUUCAGCAGAAUAAUGAAUAUUUUAGGAACUUUCACAUUGACCUUAUACAGGACACUUCUUUCUAUUACUAGGAGAGAUUCUGUGGCUGUGCAUACCCAUCUAGUCCUUUCAGUGUCAGCAGAAUUAAAAAGUUGACAUUGAGAGCUAUCUAAAGUCCAACUCAUAGUCCUUAUCUAUUUUAUGGUAAAAAUCUUCCCCCCUUCCCAUUAUUCUCCAUUGCUAUGUGGUAACCCACCUAAAGUGUAAAGCGAAUCAAGAUAAGAAAAUAAACUUUGUAAGUAUUAGUUCUUGUGUCAGCUGAAUUGGAGACAAAAUGAAUGAUGAAUGCAGCUUGAACCUUGGAGUAUGGAAACAAUAUAAAACUUAUUAAUUUACAAAACAACAACAACCCUGUAUUGCAUUGUAUAACAGAUGACAAAUUUUUUACAUUUUUGUAAGAACAAUUUUGUGCCUUGAAUUUGAUAAUCUGUAUUAGUGGAAUAUUGUAAAGGUGAAAUUCUACCUCUGUAUCUAAAUGUAUACCACCCACUUGUAAAUUUAUUAUAAAAUGAAUCCUGUGGUGACUUUUUUUAGAAUGUCAUGUUUAAUAGUGACCAACUUUUGUGGUUAUUAAAAUGAGCCACUUUAUUCCUUAAA